CAGAGAGAGAGAGAGAGUUGCGCACACCCUGAGCCUCUCCUCUCCUGCACAGAUCCAGUGUGGCGCACUGACAGGCGGCAGUCCUCAGAAAGUGGGAAGUUUUCGCCAAAAGCUUCUGUGUGAGAAUUAAUCACCUUCAUGUCGACUGUGUUGGAUACUAACCCGCCGAUGCUAUGGUUACCUUUAUUACGAUUUUGCAGGUGAAUCUAGUGAUGUCCAUCCUGCUGUAUGUGAUGGCCCUUGUGUACCUGUAUGGUAUUCAAGCAUCUAGCAUAAACAGCAGCCACAAGGGACAGCAGCAGCACCCGCCGAGCCCCGACCCGUUGAACUCCCUCAUAAUCCAGCUGCUGCAGGCCGACCUGACGAGGGAGCGGACCUCGGGGAGCCACCGGCAGCAGGGGAGAGGCAGGGAUGCCAAGCACCACAAUCCCAUCCUCCCUGUUUCGGGGCCAAGCUUACCGUUCAAAGACCAGGAAGACGGCGAGCCGUGGGGCGCGGGCGGCCGCAGCGGCGGGAGCAGCGAAGGCGCAGUGGAGCAGCAGGUGACGCUGGUGAACUCUGACCUUCUACGGAACCACAAGAGAUACAUUUCACCGCGGGUAGUGCUGAGCGACCGGCCGCCGCUCCAGCCGCCUCCCCUGUACCUGGCGGACGACUUCGUGAGCGGCGGGCCGGAGGGAGCGGCGGUGGGAAACAAAACACGGAAGAAGCGGCAGGCCGAACACCGGAGUUACCGCGGGGAGUAUUCUGUCUGCGACAGCGAGAGCAAGUGGGUGAUGGACAAAACCAGCGCCAUGGAUCUACGAGGAAUCAACGUGACGGUCAUGGCCAAAGUUAAAACCUUCGACAAGCGGGAGGUCAAGCAGUUUUUCUACGAGACGAACUGUCGGGGCGAAGACCAGCCGUCCAGAGCCAAAGAAAGGCAGUGCAGGGGAAUCGACGAAAAAAACUGGAGCUCUCAGUGCAAGACGACGCAGACGUUUGUUCGCGCGCUGACGCAGGACCACAGCGGCAUGGUGGGCUGGAGGUGGAUACGCAUCAACACUUCCUGCGUCUGCGCGUUGUCGAGGAGAAAACGCAAGACGUAAAAUUCCAGUUUCUCAGAACCAGAACCAGUGGAGUUCCACUUUUCUUUUUCUGGGAUUUUACUUCCACAGCAAACCGCACCACAGGAUUAGGUGCGGUGGUAGCGGACCACGACGUUCUGCUCCAAACAACACAUCUGAAGAAGUCCCGGGUCCAUUUGAAUGCGAUUUCAAACCAAUGUGCUGCAAGCUGUAACGAAAGAACUCAACUCGAGAGGGCGAGGACUGCGCAACGGAGAACUGUACAUAUAAAUUAUUUAAAUUAUAUGAAAUGCAUGUAGUGAAUACAUGGUUAUCUAUCUUUAUAUGAUGUAUGAAUAUAUUUGUGUUAUUUAUUGACAGAAGAUUCCUUAAAAUGAAAAUGAGGAAAAAAAGAAGCGAAGCUUAAACCUGACUUUAAGACUAUAAUGCGAAGCUAGGGGCUGCAGAGGUGCUUCACAGCGAGACUUCGUAAGUGCCUUCACUGAAGUGUGAGUAGCAGGACGUGGCAGCAACGGUUGCCAUAAACGUUUUGGCAACGAGUCCGUAGUAAGGUGACCCAUCAGCAGGGACCUGUCCCAUCCCGCCGACCCGCCAGCGACACAAUCAGAGGUUGCUAGACAACCAAAAUGCAAGAUGUGCAUCAAGAAAUCUUUUCAGUGUCUUCGCCGUGAUGUCGACCAGCGGUCAAGUUUUGCUUCUUGUGGUUUCAUUUGUUUCAUCCUUUGAAUAAAAGGCCCAUAUAUCCCAAAGUUGGAAAUUUUAUAUUUAAAAUAAUAAUAAGACCCAUUUCAAAUUGUUACAGUGCCAAAGAUUAGAUAACAUAUGUAAGAGGAUAAUAAAUGUCUUUAUUCUUCUUUUCACAGCU